AUGGACACAGAACAUCGGGUGAUCCUAAAUGUGGGCGGCAUCCGACACGAAACCUACAGUCACGUCCUAAAAAAGAUUCCGGCCACUCGAUUAUCCAGACUGACUCCCAAUACGGCAAAUUAUGAUCCAGUGCUGAAUGAAUACUUUUUCGACCGACAUCCAGGAGUGUUUUCCAUGAUUAUGAACUAUUAUAGGACUGGUAAACUUCAUUAUCCCACAAACGUUUGUGGUCCAUUAUUCGAAGAGGAACUCGAGUUUUGGGGACUCGACGCUAAUCAAGUGGAACCGUGUUGUUGGAUGACGUAUACACAGCAUAGGGAUACACAGGAGACGUUGGCAGUAAUUGAAUCAUUGGAUUUGGAUGGGGAUCCACCGUCACAGGAAGAGAUAGCGAAAAAAUUCGGUUGGGAAGACGAUUUUCACUCGGGGAGCUUAUCACAAUGGCAAAGAUUAAAACCGCGAGUGUGGAGUCUAUUCGAUGAGCCAUACAGUUCGAAAUAUGCAAGGGCGAUUUCAUGCAUCUCCGUAGCUUUCAUUUUGGUUUCCACGUGCUCGUUCAUCCUGAAAACCGAUCCAUCGUUUCAAAUUCCGGAUAUUGAUGUCUUCUACUCCCUGCGAGUUGUGGAUGAGAACGGAUUCAAAAACUAUCACAAAACGAUAGGAACUGAUAAACCAGUGACCUCACCGCACCCGAAUUUUUUUUAUGUGGACCUCAUCUGCAACAUCUGGUUCACUUUUGAAUUGUUCAUCAGAAGCAUCUUCUGUCCGUCGUUCCACAAAUUCGUCAGGUCUCCACUAACAAUUAUUGACGUCGUCUCAACGGGAGCAUUCUUCUUUGAAUCGCUCUUACAUGCCAUUCUGAUUCAGACUGGAUCCCUUGUCACUUUGGACUUUCUAUCCAUGAUUUGUGUGCUGAGGCUGUUCAAAUUGACGCAACACUUUUCUGGACUCAAAAUUCUAAUCCAGACAUUUAAGGCAUCCGCUCAAGAAUUGAGUCUUCUGGUAUUCUUUGUGGUUUUAGCUAUUGUCAUUUUUGCCGCAUUGGUUUAUUAUGCGGAACGGAGUCAAUUGAACAAGGACAAUCAGUUCACAAGUAUCCCUUUAGGGCUCUGGUGGUCGUUGGUGACAAUCUCAACGGUUGGUUUCGGUGAUAUGGUGCCCAAAACUUACCUGGGAAUGCUCGUCGGAUCCCUUUGUGCUUUGAUGGGAGUACUCACAAUUGCUCUACCGGUUCCAGUAAUUGUGUCUAAUUUUUCAAAUCUGUAUUCUCAUUCUCAAGCUAGAGGAAAGUUGCCAAAGAAGAGGAGGAGAGUGUUGGUAUCUCUCGUCAAUAUCAUCUUUGUGAUCAUCUCAAUUGUGUGCUUCUGUUUGAAAACUCACCCGAACUAUCGGAUUCCGGAUAUUGACAUCUCGACACAUAUGGGCAAUUUGAGCAUUGGGAAUGGACCGAGCAAAAUUCAAUUGAACACGAUAUAUGUGGGGAAAAUGGCGACGAGAGCUCACCCCGCAUUCUUCUACGUGGAACUCUUUUGUAACAUCUGGUUCUCUGCAGAAUUUCUCGUCCGAAUGGUCUUUUGCCCAAACCUGGGCCGAUUCUUGAAAACUCCAGUCAACAUUAUUGAUUUCAUCGCUACAGUAUCUUUCUACAUCGACUGGGCUCUCGAUAGAGCCCUAUCUGGAUCCAAUAGAGAUUCUGUAGAAUUCUUCUCAAUCAUCCGAAUUCUUCGUCUCUUCAAACUAACUCAACAUUCCACUGGACUCAAAAUCCUGAUUCAAACAUUUAAAGCCUCAGCUCAAGAGCUAUUUCUGCUAGUUUUCUUUGUUCUUUUGGGUAUUGUAAUAUUUGCUGCACUGGUCUAUUAUGCGGAACGAGUCGAACGCAAUGAGAAUAACCAGUUUUCAUCGAUUCCGGUGCCCCAAACGUCUUUAGGACGGGUGGUUGGAUCAGUUUGUGCUCUGAUGGGAGUGCUCACUAUUGCUCUUCCGGUUCCAGUUAUAGUUUCCAAUUUUGCAAUGUUCUACUCUCAUGCACAGGCUAGAUCGAAACUUCCAAAGAAACGAAGGAGAGUGUUGCAAGCGAAUGAAGCAAAAGUUGGAAGGGGUACAGCUGCGGUUAUGAUCAAUGCAUUCACGCCGAGAGGUCCUGUUGGAGGUGGAGGAUCUAAUCCGUCGGAUGGCAAUCCUCUAUCAGCAUUCUCCAAGACCCCACUAUUGGUUUGUACCCCUGAUGGAACUGAUAAGCCAAGAAGGUUGAGCCAAAAUAAAAAUGGAGGAAACGUCCCACCAGUCACCCAGAAUAAUAAUUGCAAAGCCAAUAAACUAAUUUGA